AGCUCACUGAAUUUGCAGCAUUUACUAGGAGACAUCCACAGUGCGGUUCGGACUAAUGAGUCGGCUCGGGUGACUACACUCGUAAAAACAAUAUCUAUUAUAUGCCUAGACAUGUCAAGCCGGGCAUUGGAUUCAAACGUCAAGCUUGACAGAACAGAGGAAGCCAUACUUUUUUACUACUACUUUGUUUUGCGUUUUUUUCAUUUCCUUUCUGUUUCUGGCAAGUAUCUUAAUCGAUUGCAAAAACACUCUUAUUCCAUUAAGUUCUACGAAGACUAUAUUGAGAGUAAUUCUGGGAUUGUUCUAUUGUUAACGUCCCAGUUUUUAAAUUCCGUGAUGGUAACUACAUGUAAAUUAUUAGUUACUGAUGAAAAUUUCAAAGAUCCAAUACACCCAUUACAAAUUUUAUUUGUUCGAAUGUUUAUCACAUCUAUUUGCUGUGGAGUAUAUAUGAUUGUUACUAAAUCAGUUAAAGAUGCGCCAUUGGGACCCAAAGAUUUAAGAGGGCUAUUAGCAUUAAGAGGAUUUGUUGGAUUUCUAGGAGUUUUUGGAUUAUAUUACUCUUUACAAUAUUUGAGUUUAUCGGAUGCAGUGGCUAUAACUUUUUUGAUUCCAAUGAUUACUGCAUUUAUGGCCUGGAUAAUUUUAGGAGAACGGUAUAGUUUUCUUGAAGCAUUUUGUGCAUUACUUUCAUUAGGAGGAGUUCUUUUAAUUGCCAAACCCAAAUUUUUAUUUGGAACAAGAUCAGAUAGUGAAACAUCAGUCGAUGAAGGAAUUGAAUCGUCUUCGAGCGAAUUGCGUUUGAUUGCCAGUGGAGUUGGAUUAAUUGGAGUGAUGGGAGCAUCAACGGUUUAUGUUGUUUUAAGAAAAAUUGGUAAAUCUGCUCAUCCUUUAUUAUCAGUAAGUUAUUAUGCAGCUACUUCAAGUAUCAUAUCAUUUUUUGCAUUAUUAUUUAUCCCAUCAUUAUCAUUUGUAUUACCAAGAAAUGGAUAUCAAUGGUUUUUAUUCAUGACCAUUGGAUUUUCUGGGUUUUUGAUGCAAUUUGCCUUAACUGCUGGAAUACAACGAGUCAAGGCUGGGAAAUCGUCCUUAAUGAUAUAUACCAAUAUGGUUUUUGCGGUUUUUUGGGAUUUAAGUAUAUGGGGCCAUUUCCCCGGCUUAUUAAGUUGUUUAGGAAUCAUUCUUAUUAUCGGGAAUGCUUAUAUGGUUAUCAAAUAUAAAAAAAAUGAAGAUGAUAAACCAAGUGAUAUUGAAAAUCAAGAAAUUGAUACCGAAGUCGAAGACUCAAGUGCAAAUGAAGCCAUUUCAUUACAAGAUUUUACAAUAACCGAUGAAAGUGAAAUCGAACAUGAUCAUAAAGAUAAACGAUGAUUAAGUAUACAUUAUAGAUUAUUCAACCAAC